GUGCUCCCGCCGCACCGCGCACUCGUCGCAACGUCGUCGCGCGCACACCACGUCCACUGCCACUGGUGCAUCGGCUGUUCGGCUCAGCGCGCGCGUUUCCAGUUUCCAGGCGGCCGCCGGUUUAUUUCUCCCUCGUCGUUUUCUCGUCGCGGGGUUCAGUCUCGCGCCGUUCUCAGUCCGUGUGCCGUCGUCCCAGCUCCCGUACGCCCGGCGUGCGCGUUUCGAUCCGAUUUGAAUUUUUUUUUCUGGACAUUUAGGUUUGGCUACGUGGAGACAAAUUUAUUAAAAUAAACAAAAAUACUCUGUAGUGUAGAACAAUUUUUACUUCGACCUUCGGCGUCACGUUCGAUUCGUAACCGCAAUGUACGUAGCACUAGCCAAGUUCACUGUGCACACACACAGUUAAAACUCCUUACCGUUUGGUUAGUUGUUUUUAGUUUUUAAAUUUUUUUCCCAAUCUUUGAAUAGUUCAUUGCACCCGUUUGUGACCCGCUCAAACCGAUUGCAACGAUGGUUGCAAGCAGCCCGAAAAGAACGUUAGCGUUUAUUGUGUUGUUGGUGUUGUGCGAUGGAUUAAUCGUGUCGGCAUCGUACGGCGGUUCGUUUGUAAGUUUGGUGGAAGUCGUCAACCACACAAAGUUCACACAGGAUGACACCAAAGAUUUGUACGUCAAUUUGACAGUUGGCAUGUUUGGACAAGGACUCAAUGAAAACAUAAAAAUCAGGCCCACCUCUAGACUUGCUUUACGUGGUUCUGAGUGUUAUAAAAACCAUCCGAUGAAGAACAUUGAUUCUGACAACCAUAUAUUCAAACAGUUGUGGACAAAUGGUACUUACUUGUUGAUGAGCAUCACGUUCAAGUUUGAUCGAGACUUGACCACCCGAAACGUAUACUUAUGCACGUAUGAGCCGCGAAAACCACCCAACGGACUGACUUCGUCGUUGUGGAGCGUGUUUAGUGGUUCUGGCGACGACGGUGAUGGUCGAUGGGUGAACCAGGGUGAUUCGGUAGCUAUCAGAUCCGACGAAAUGGCUCAGUCCACGGAAAAUUCAUUGGAUUCGUCACCAAGCAGGCAGAGAAGGCAACAAGGGACAACAUUAAAAAAUGUUACCCCAUUAGGUACAGCUUACAUAUCUCCAGUAAACUUUUAUGGCUUACGGGUUGAGUACUCAGAUGCAGCGGUGGACUACGACGAUCGAGGAGUACCACAGUUACUGGUUCAACGAAAUGCGUCGUUUCGUUUGUUUGGUAGUGAAUGGACUGAAAAAACAAUAUUUGUUCUUACGGAAAAAAUUGGUGAAAAAGGGGGUCCGUGUGAGUUUCCCGUUGGAGAAAUUCAAGGAGUAACUAUUUUACCGAACGAACCAAACACAGCUAAAAUGGACAUCAUUUUGCCGCAAGCCAGUAAAGCAGGUACGAUAUUCUACUUCUGUUCGAAAGAGAGCGAUAAGUCCGGUGCGAUUUGGACACAUAUGGGUAGCGAAUAUUACAAACAGAUGGGAGUGUACGAAAAAAUGCUACCUUUCUGGCUGCAGGUUGCUAUUAUUCUCACGUGUUUGUCAUUCUCAUCCCUUUUCUCCGGUCUAAACUUGGGUCUGAUGUCGUUGAAUCGAAUGGACCUGAAGAUCAUUUGCAAUACGGGCACAGAGGCAGAGCGAAAGUACGCUAAAGCUAUAUUGCCUGUGCGUAUUCAUGGUAACUACUUGCUAUGUAGUAUUCUAUUGGGUAACGUCAUGGUCAAUUCGAUAUUUACCAUUCUGUUGGAUGACUUGACGUCCGGCUUGGUGGCGGUCAUUACUUCUACACUGGCCAUUGUCAUAUUUGGCGAAAUCACUCCUCAAGCUGUUUGCUCACGUCAUGGAUUGGCCAUCGGUGCCAAAACCAUUUACGUCACGAAAACCGUAAUGGUGCUUACUACCCCGCUAUCUUGGCCCAUCAGUAAGAUGUUAGAUUGGGCGCUCGGCGAGGAAAUCGGUAGCACAUACAACAGAGAACGUCUCAAAGAAUUAGUCAAGAUGACUGGUGACGAAUACAACGACUUGGAAAAAGACGAAGUUAAUAUAAUUUCUGGAGCCCUCGAACUUCAUCGCAAAAAAGUUGGCGAUGUAAUGACCAAGUUGGAGGACGUGUACAUGCUGUCAUACGAUACGGUGUUGGACUUUGAAACCGUCUCAGAAAUCAUGAAAUCUGGAUACUCGAGGAUACCCGUGUACGAGGGCAACCGUCAAAAUAUUGUCACCAUGUUGUACAUCAAGGACUUGGCGCUGGUCGAUCCCGACGACAACACAUUGCUUAAAACGCUGUGCCAAUUCUACCAGAAUCCGUGUUAUUUCGUAUUUGAAGACACCACACUCGACGUACUGUUCAAGCAGUUCAAAGAAGGUAUUAAAGGACAUAUGGCAUUUGUUCAUCGUGUGAAUAAUGAAGGCGAAGGUGAUCCGUUCUAUGAAACCGUUGGCAUAAUAACACUGGAAGAUGUAAUUGAAGAAUUGAUUCAGGCUGAGAUUAUGGAUGAAACUGAUGUUUACACCGAUAACCGUUCGAAACAACGUCGACAACAACGUUCACUUAGAGCUCAAGACUUUACUGCGUUUGCCGAGCGCAAUGAAAAUCAACGUAUCCAUAUUUCUCCACAACUUACUUUGGCCACAUUCCAAUUUUUGUCGUCGAGUGUCGAAGCUUUCAAAACAGAUGUUGUAUCAGAAACUAUUUUAAUGCGAUUGCUCAAACAGGACGUGAUAUUCCACAUAAAAAUGAAAGAUAAAGAAAGAUUUAAGUCUGAUCCGGCUAGUAUCAUUUACCAGCAGGGCAAACCAGUCGAUUACUUUGUGCUCAUAUUGGAAGGACGUGUCGAAGUUACCGUCGGUCGUGAAAAUCUUGUAUUCGAAAGCGGGCCAUUCACUUACUUUGGAUCACAAGCCUUACACCAGAACAUCGGAAUCGGCGAGUCACCACCAUCCGGAGCCAACCCUACAAUGGCCAAUUCGACUGUGAACAACAUGGGCAGUAUACAGUCGGUCAACAUCGAUGCCAUGUUGCGUUACACUUUCGUGCCCGAUUACUCGGUGCGUGCUGUUACUGAGGUGAUGUACUUACGCGUGAAACGUUCGUUCUACAUGGCAGCAAAACGAGCCACGCUCAUGGAACGUUCUAAGAAAAUGUCAAACGCCGGUGAAUUCGAUGAAGAAGUAGACAAGCUGUUCCAUACUUAUGGAGACGAAGAUCGGAAGAGUAUCCAAGGUUCUCCAGACGUCACUAGAAAUGCAUCUCAGACAGCAGUACAGCCUUCUACAAUUUCGGCCAACGCAGCAUCUCUUAACAACGGAGAACCUACUCAACCUGUAGCUGUAGCAUUCUCACGAACACCUCAGGGUACCUCCGACGCAUCGGCUGAAGAAAAAAUCACACUUUUGGGCACUAACACAUUGUCUGCUGCUACGAAAUCGGACACUACAGAUCCAUCAUCUUAGGUCUAUCGAUAAUGAUAUUAAUUGUUAGUCUGUUCUUUUAUAAUCGUCAUGUUUUUUUUCUGCUUUACAUUAGAUUUAAUAGCGUUUAUUUAAGGAAGUACAUUACACGAUUGAUUUUUGUAUAAUCAAUGAUUACACAUAAGCACGUAGCAGAUAUUAUUUAAGUUUUUAUUUUUUUCUAUUGUUAUGUGUUAUGUAUAAUUUUUGACUUAAGUAGUUCUAGUCCAGCAUUAUUGUGUUCAGUAAGUGUCCAAAAAAUCCCAUCAGAGUCUUUCUGAACAAUACGCGAGUCAAUCAAUAUGUGUACAUUUUAAUUUAUUUACGCUCUCUUUAUGCGCUCAUAUUGGACAAACAAUUAUUAAACUGCCAUAGCGGCUGCACACUGAGGACUCGACUCCCAUUUUAUCAAUCUAGUGACUAACUACUUCAACCAGCUUUUAUUUUAUUGUACUUUUUUUUACGAUUUAUAAUAUAAUUGCUUUAUUUAUUUCAUAUUAUUAUUUAUAAAUAUAUACAUAAUACACACCCGUUUAUAUAUUAUAUAUUAUAUUACAUAUAUAAUUAAGCUUUGUGUCCCGGUGACGCGGAAAUCCGUUUUGUAUAUAUGCAAAAGCGAAUCUCCAAGGCUUUUCGUGUCUCUUAAAUUUUCAACCGAUUUAAGACCCCUCAGAGUGAUCUCGGAGGCAUGUGAGUUCUCGUAUUUUUUGAUAUUCAGUUGUAUUAAGAAAUCGAUGAAUCCAUGAAAAAUCGGUACUGUUCUAUCUUUCUUAUUUUUUCAAUGAAAUGAAUAAUAUUUUCCUUCUAUAACUGAAUAAACAAAACAAAAAACAAUUUUAUUUAAUUGAAAUAUAACAUUAUAUCUUAAAUUAACAAUUUCCUCUCACUAAACGACAUCACUAUUAAAUCGUUUAAACCUUUAAAUAUGUUCUUCAACUUCGUUAUUAAUUUUUUUAUUUGUUUGAGUAUUACAUAUUGUUAUGUAUAGAUAUUCAACAAGUUUUUAAUUGACUUUAAAAUUAACACAGUUACGUGGCGUUUUAUAAUUCUUAGGAUUGCGCUCAAAUUAAAGUCUAAGUAAUUAUAGGUCAUAAAAAUAAUUGGAAUAAUGUUUGGUGACUCGUUACAGCAUAUUUAGCUUCAGAGUUAACUAGUCUUUUUUAAGCUUACUGUUCAUGUUAUAUUAUGAUAAUAUAAUAUAUAGUGAUGUUCGUUACAUAAAAAAUUUUUAAAAAAGCAGAAUAGUUGGAACAAAAUAAUUAGUUAAUAUGGAAGGGGAGAAGCAUAAUGUUGAGAGUUUAUAAACAUAUAUUUAUAUAUAAUAAUAAUUAUUGAUAAUAUUAUAAUUAUUAAUGUUUGUAUACUAAAUUUUCGUAAUAUUUAUCUGUUGCGUGUAAGUAAUUAUAUAAUAUUAGAUACCUUAUGAUGUUAUUAAGCUGAAUAAUAAUCUUAGAGCUAUAUUCGACAGUAAUCGACUGAUGGUUAUCGACAUUUGUCCAACAAUACUUACCUACACAAGAGUUCAAUCAUAAUAUCAAUUAUUGUGGUUAGGCGCAAUGCACACGACUGGCAUAAUGACAUCAUUAAAAUAUAAUAUAUAAUAAUAUAGUACAAUCUACUCGUAUCGGUACAAACGUUCACCUUGUAUACAUUUCAACAUGGUGGUCAAUUAUUGUCAAACAUAUUAUUAUCAUAUUUUUUUUUCGUCCACCUAUAACAUUGAACGAAUCAUAAUGUCUCAAAAGUAGCCAAUGCAAAAUUAAAAACAC